UCUGGGGGCCCUGUUCCGCCAUCUGGAGGACCUCCACCUCCACCUGGGGGACCAGUAUCUCCACCUGGGGGACCAGUACCUCCACCGGCAAGACCAGUUCCUCCACCGGCGCCACCGACGACCACGAAGCCGACACCGACGACGACACCGACGACGACACCGACACCGACGACGACCCCGACGACGACACCGACACCGACGACGACGACACAGCUGCCGAUAUACCGGGAGCUUCUGUGUACAGUGGGCGAAACCGCAGUCAUAGUGUCCAUGUACCCUCCAGACAGGAUGUGUACGUACUUGUACUACACACACGUGAUCAUCGACGGGAACAACAUAUACGGCGCCAAAAUGCAGAGCAGCUGGCUGAGUUACAAGUAUCGGGCCUUGACAUACCGCAACGUCAAGAUGGGAGUCUCCUUUGACCACCGGUACAUCACCGCGGACAAGAUAAAUAUUGCCGCCAGUGCUUUGGCCAAGCUGUCCGAUAGCAACAUUCGGCACUUCGGCGUGCUCAAUGUCGUCGGGAAGGCCGGUGACAUUCUCCAAGCAGUGGAGUCCAUGAAACCAGUUUUUGAGGAGAUCAAGAAGAACCAUAAUGGCUCGCACAAUGUCAUUGCGAUCGGAAUGCAUGACUACAGUCCUCCGAGCAUGGUCAGCUUCCAACAGGCGGUCAAGCUGGCUGUAGAUUCAUUCGCCGUGGACACGGUCAUCGCCAUAGCUUCAGUCAGCGCGGCGGAGAGUAGAGAGAGCUGCCGCGCCGUGCCUCCGAACGUUCUCUCUAGUUCGCCACAGGCGAAACAGCCGAGCUUGGUCAAGCUCUGGCAUCUGCUGAAAAGGAACGCCACUGACAGACAGGAAACAACGCUGGGACUUUCGUUCGAGAUGGGCACGCUGAUUUACGAGCUGACCAGCGACUACAACAACCUGGCUAGCGCCAUCUACUCUAAAUGCAACGGAACUUCCCUGACAAGCAGGGAAGCGCUCUGCGGAUCGGCGCAGGUCGUCGACACAGCCAAGCAAAAGUUGGGCGCACCGCACCUGACGUACGGUGGAUUCCCGACUGACGGUAACAAGAAGAGAGUCGUCUUCACGGACUACCUGCACACUGCCACUGAAAGGUUCAUGAACGUCAGUGGUGGAACUGGCAGCAGCAACCUUCGUAGUCGAGUGGCCUGGAUGUUGUUCAACGUGCACCUGGGAGACACGGCGCAGAGAUGCGGCGGUAUCCGGACUUUCGAGCUCGAAGAUAAUUUCUGCAGAGCAUUUCUUCCGUCAGGCCAGGGAUGCUGAAGCAAUGCAGGCGAUUUGAAAGGAGGAAGAUCAAAAUGUAAAAGAAAUCAAUUUC